GUUUUCUCUAUCUGAUUCGACAGGGGAAGCCUCAGGUUCCUGGUGCUUCUCCCUCUCCUUUGCGCUACCCCUCCGGGGUUUUCGUGAUAGUUUUUUCAGUCUUAUGGUCUUAUCUUUAAUCUGUUCAAUACAUCCCAAUCAGUUUGACGGAGUGGCUGUAUAUUCUAUCUCGGAGUCUAUCCUCACGCCCUUAGACUGUUCAUGCGCUGCCGUCGUCUGCUUCCCCAACCAUAGGAAGGUAGUCAAUCUCAGGCCUUCCUCUGUUCAUUGCAGUGAAUAAUGUCGUCCAAUCCUGGCCAGAUCCCCCCAUCCAAAGCGGUGAACGCCCCGAAUCAGCCAGCCCCCGCGACAUACCAUUCAUCUGAGAACAGCGCGCAACGACGCGCCGGAGGUUCCGGUAGUUUUGGAGCCGGUCUGACCUCGAGGGCUCCGAGCUCCCCGAGAAAUAAUCAGGCAAGAAGGACUCAGCGACAGAGACGCCCAAGGGUUUUGGAUGAUGACGAUUACAGUGAAUUGGCCAUCAUGAAGUCUUCAACCAGUCGCAAAGGGCAGACGUCCAUCACUCAUUUAAUGAAUUUCUCUCUUCCGCCGCGCCCUCAGUAUCAGCCCCCGCCCCGCAAUGCCCGCCGUUAUACCUCAUGGGGCCCAGGCUCCGGCUAUCAUGCGAUGGAUAAAGCCCGCUACGUUCAUGCAAAUUACCGUUUCAUCGUGAAUCCAACGCAGAAUUAUCACACCCAAGCGGCUAAUGCCGACGUUCAUCUGGACUGGGAUUCGGUUCUCCAAGUCCUGGUGUCUGCGCAGACUCAGUCUGCCAGUUGCCCUAUCUGUCUCUCCACCCCGGUCGCCCCGCGAAUGGCCCGAUGUGGCCAUAUCUUCUGCCUUCCAUGCCUUAUCCGCUACAUGCAUUCAACUGAUGAAGAGCAUCCGGUCCCUGAGAAAAAGCCACGCUGGAAAAAGUGCCCAAUCUGCUGGGAUUCAAUUUACAUCUCCGAAGCUCGCCCUGUGCGUUGGUUUCGCGGGCAAGAGGGUGAUCUCCCUUUCGAAGGCAGCGAUAUUGUUUUGAGGUUAGUCAAGAGGGUUCCAGGCAGUACCCUGGCGCUGCCUCGAGACGGAGCCGAAGGCAUUGCUCCGGGCGAGGAUAUCCCGUGGUACCAUGUCGCUGAGGUCGCCGACUAUGCACGGAUUAUGAAGGGAGGGGAGGACUAUAUGAAGGACCAGUAUGAUGCAGAGAUCUCGGAAUUGCGUGCGCAAGAGAUUGAAGACGAACUCAUGUUCGGAGACGAUUCGACAUGGAGCAAAAAAGCAAUUGCCGCUAUCAAUGAGGCGAAAUCUAAAUUGGAUGGCAUCGGGAAUCCUCCCGAGAACGUCGAGCGACAGCCCGUGAAGCUGAAAUCGGAAGUUGAACCUGUUAUAUCCACAAUGCAAUAUGCCGCACAGCCAUGGGAAGGCUUAUCUGCAGAGACUUUCCCGUCUGAAGGCGAAGGCCUCGACGGGGUCUCCGAGCAUAAAGGUGCAUCCAACAACCUGGAGCGUGCGACUGAGGCAUUAGAUCAGCUCGGCCUGAACUCGACUGGCUCGAAGAACAAAAAGAGAGACCCUGGUGCCGGCCGCGGCCCUGAGCACCCAUUUUACUUCUAUCAAGCUUUGCCUCAUUUUUACCUCUCUCCCCUAGACAUUCGCAUUCUCAAGGCAGCCUUUGGGGAUUAUCCUUCAUUCCCGGCCACGAUCUUGCCACGGGUUGAACGAAUAUCCACCGGCCACAUUGUUGACGAUGAACUUCGAAAGAGGGUCAAAUAUCUCGGGCAUCUGCCAUAUGGAUGCGAAGUGAAUUUCCUAGAAUGUGACUGGCGUGAUGUUGUCCAACCAGAAAUUCUUCAGGAGUUCAAGGCCGAAACAGACAGGCGGAGAAAGCGCAACCGAGACAAAGAGGCUCGGGAAGAAAAGGAUCGCAUUCGUGCUGAACGGGAAGAAAAUGAGAAAGGCUGGGCCACUGCAUACCGGAAGAGACUUAGUAUCGGUAGCAGCAGUGAUCCUCCCUUUUCUGAUCGUGAUUUUCAGCCAUUGGCGAGCGGUCCUUCGGGCCUUGAGAUGUCUCCUCCUGAGGGCGAAUCGGAGUUGCCCUCAACAAGCCCGCCCAGCUCUCGUACAGUAUGGGGCACGGCAGCGGUGGCACCUCUUUCACAACCUUCCAACUCUCAGGCAGCUGCUUCCGAUGGUUGGCUUCGAGGUUGGGAGGAAGAGCUUUGGGCCCAACAAGAACGAGAGGUUAUUGCUCAAUCAGCUGCUGAAGGGCCCAAUGCAUCCGCCCCCUCGGGCGGGAAGAAGAAGAAGAAUAAGAAGAUAACACUCAUGUCGACGAACAUUCAGAGAGGUGCUUGAUUGUUCAGACUUUGUGGAUAAAUACUUAGAAUCUGGGAGUAAAGGGACAUAGGGACAUGGGCCGGGAGUCACGAGGCAGGCAAGAUUCACACGUAGAGGUUAUCUGUAUUAAAGCUAUGU